CUGAUGUGGUUUGGGUGCCUCCUGCUCAGCUCACCACAGGGGGCUAUCCAAGCAUGGGGGAGAGACCCAGAAGUCACUGGAGAGAUUGUAGAUCCCUUGUGGCUGGGUAGUGUCUUCGGAGGAGGCGGGGCAUGUCAUUAGGCUGAGGGAUGUAUGGGUGUCCUCCUGAACCAAAUAAAUGGAUGGAUCAAUUACUGGAUGGAUCAUUAGCAAAGAUGUCUACAGGACCUGGGAUGAGAAGAGUUCAGGGUUAGUAGCUGUUUUAAAUACAAACUGUUAUGAUAGGAUAAAUGAUAGGAAAGGAUCAUUCCUUUUGACACAGAAAUAUGUCUGAAAACAACAGCCGAUUAAACAUUUGUGCAAUCAUCACUGAUCCCAUUAUUUUGCUAACAGGAAAGAUGCCGUGAUCACAAAGGUUUUUCAGCCUCUGCACACUGGUUUUGCUGACUCCUGAACAUUCCCUAGAUGAGGGAAUCCAGAGCACAUGAUAGCAGUGGAGGUUGCAUUCAUGCUCUCACCAGAGUUUUGUGAAUUUGCGAGCUUUGGGAUUAAUUUGUGUUCAUCUCAUCUUUGCACACAAAAGGGAGCUUCACUUCACGUUUAGCAGCUUUUAGGAUUAACAGCACAUCCAACUCCGAAUAUUUUUUUCUUCAAACGCUCAUUUGCUCAAACAUCCUGGAGUGAGACGUCCUGUCCUGAAACAGACAGCAGGCAGGCUGUCAGUCAGUGUAAAGUGAAGCUGCUGCUCAGACUCGAACUCUCACAGAGGAAUCGUUACAGGAUGAUCACGAGGAUAACCUGAAGCCUUUUGGAGCCAAAGGCUGUUUUCGUGUGGAGGAUUUCUAAGUUGGGCUUUCUAUGUGAAACACUGGAAGUCAUGACGGACUUUUGGUUGAUUUCUGUCCCUCUGGAUAAGACCAGUUCAACCAGUUUAGACAAACUCAAGCGCACCAUCACCAAAACAAAACUGGCCUCCUGCUCCAGGUUCUCCAUUCCAGACCUAAAGGUGGGAAUCCUGGACAGUCUCCUCAGGGUGGCAGAUGAUCUCUCCAAACUCGACACGCUAACCGAGAGCGUUAUAAAAACAACAUGCCAGUGUAUGAAGGAAGUGAUGGAGCCAUCCAGUGACAAAGUGCUAGACAAUGGUUUAGCCAAUGGAGAGCACAGCACGAACCAGAGAGCCGCCCUGUUGCCUCAGAAAGCUCAUCUCACACCCCUCAGAGUGGAUCUGAUCAGCUAUGUGACGAAGUUUCAAUGGGACAAAGCUAAGUAUCCCACAGCUCUGCCCCUCUCCAGCCUGGCAGAGCUCAUCAACAAGGAGGUUUCGCAGGUGGAGACAGAAUUGAAAUCCCGAACUUCAGCAUUCAACAGCGUGAAAGCAAACUUGCAAAGCCUCGAGCACAAGCUGGAGGGGAGUCUGCAAACCCGCGGUCUGAACGGCUUCUUAAGGAAAGAAGACCUGGUGGUUUCAGAGUACCUCACCACUCUGCUGGUUGUGGUGAGCAGAGGGAGCUACCUGAAGUGGGAGAAAAGCUACGAAUCCUUUUCAGAGUUUGUGGUUCCACGGUCAAGCAGGAAACUGUUCGAGGACUUAGAGGGGGGAGUCUUCUCAGUAACCCUCUUCAAAAGAGCUGUGUGUGAAUUCAGAGCCAAAGCUCAGGAGAGCAAGUUCAUUGUGCGUGAGUACAGCUUUGAUCUGGAAGAAAAGAAACAGCAGGAUCUCACACAGCUCAGCGCCCACAAGAAGGAGCAAUACGGAAUCUUUGUGCGUUGGCUGAGGGUGAAUAUCAGCCAGAUGUUCAUUGCCUGGAUCCACGUGAAAGCAUUAAGGGUGUUUGUGGAAUCCGUCCUCAGGUACGGAUUGCCUGUCAAUUACCAAGCUCUUCUGCUGCAGACUGACAGAAAACGUUCCAAAAAACUGAAGGAGGAACUUUCAUUACUGUUCGAGCAUUUGGACCCAAAGGGCAUCACGACAGACGCGAGCUCUGACAUCCCGGGACUCUGCCAGCAGGAGUACUCCUCCUACAUCUGCUUUCACAUCAGCACCAGCCUGCUGGAGACCAGCGAGAAAUCAGGGACGUGACCAACAAAGCACAAGAACCUCGUCGCAAAUGCUGCAACCUCAGAAUGUCCGAGCCACAGAAAUACCCUCACCAGUAAAACAGAAUACAACAGAACAUCAGUCUCACAUAUCUCAAUUUCAAGGAUGGAGAUAUGAAUAUAAAGGAUCCUCAUCAAGACGAUGUCAGCUGCACAUACACGAUUCUAGGACCGUUUAAAUACCUUCAAUGCAUCACGGGAUGUAUCUGAAAUAAUUUUGUCAAUAUUGUGUGUCUACAAAUUAAAUUAUUUUAAAUCUUUCAAGGAGUCUUGAAACUGUCUCAAACUUAGAGAGUUUUUCAACAAAGCUCGUCAUUAUUUUCCAUCUUUUUUAUAAUAUAAACAGCAAACAUCUUCCAUUUUUAUUUACCUUGUGUAAUUUUUAGUAUUU